AUGGUCCACCCUUUUGCCAAUGUACAAGAUAUACAGCUAGAGUCCAUGAUAGAGAGUUUGAAUUCUUUAGGCGCUCAGUUUAGAUGUGAUCCCGCCCCAGAGAAAACUAAUCUUAUGGUUGGUGUUUUCAAGUCCGAUAAUGGCGGCCCUCAUGUCCUCUCGUCUGUCUCUCAGGCAAAAGCAAGGAUUUUCAGCAACUCCAAUUGGCAUCACGAAUACCGUGGGACCCAUAUUGGCAGCCAAAGGUUCCGAGAUCUUGGUGCGCGCUUGUUUUUUGGCGAGGAUAGCCAUUUGAUAAAGGAGAAUAGGGUUAUAUCCAUGCAGUCGUUGGGCGCAAGUGGUGCUUGUCAUAUGGGAGCGAAGUUUCUGAAAGAUCACUACGGCCCAUGGACUAAAAGUGAAGCGCAGGUCUUCAUCCCACAAGAAUCCUGGGGUAAUCAUCCCAAUGUUUUCGAAUAUCUUGGAAUCAAAGUUUCAUUAAUCCCCUAUUUCGAUCAUGAAUCCAGUACGUUCGACUACAAUGCGUUUCGAACGGCUAUCGAUUCAAUACCCCAUGGAUCAGUUCUCGUCAUGCAGAGCGCGGCUCAAAACCCCACGGGAUGUGAUCCCACACUCGGACAAUGGCAUGAGCUUGCCUCUCUAUGUCGCGAACGAAACCACCUCGUUAUCUUCGAUGUAGCCUACCCUGGCUUCGCAAGUGGAGAUGUCGAAACCGAUCUUCAAAGUGUUCGGAUAUUCGCGAAGAGGGAAGUUCCCUUGGUUCUCGCGACAACCUAUGGCAAAUGUUUUGGGCUAUACUGUGAGCGGGUGGGUGCAUUGUUUGUGGUUGCUCCGGAUGAAGGGGUGGGGAAGCGCAUUGAAAAGCAGAUGAAGUUUCUUGCGCGAGCGGAGACCGGCGCUCAACCGGAUUUCGGGUCGUUGAUUGUCGAAACGGUUUUGUCGGACGGAGACUUGCGAAGCUUAUGGCAGAGCGAACUGCGGGAUAUGGCCGAGCAGUUAAAAGACAGGAGGGAACGGCUUCAACGAAGACUCGAGGAUCUGAAGACUCCUGGGAUAUGGAGUCAUAUCACAUUGCAGAAUGGGAUGUUCUCACAUAUUGGUUUCACUGGUGAGCAAAUCCGUAUCCUUCGAGAGGAUUACCACGUGUAUCUCCAAGAUAAUGGAAGAUUAUCUAUUGCGGGUCUCAACUCAAGCAACUUGGAGCACGUUGCUAGGAGUAUACACGCCGUCGUUACGGCAACCAAGUAA